AGCGGGGAUUAGAACCCAUGACCUUCUGACUCCCAGGCCUGUGCUCUAUACACUCUGCGGCUACUUGUCAUCAUUCCUUUCGUUCAUUCAUUCAGUCGUGCUUAUUGAGCGCUUACUGGGCGCAGAGCACUGUACUAAGCACUCGGGAGAGUCCAAUAUACCAGACGCAUUCCCUGCCUACAUUGAGCCUGGGGAAUGGGGGGGCGGGUCCGGCCAGGGCAGAGCCGGGCUCCCAGGGAAGCAGCGUGGCAUAGUGGAUAGAUCGGCGGCCUGGACGUCGGGAGGCCCUGGGUUCUAAUCCCGCUCCGCCGCUCGUCUGCUCUGUGACUCUGGGCGAGGCACUUGAUAAAUACCAUCGAUGGCCAUUAGGUCCCAGAGUGGUCGCCCCAGCUCCGAUUUAAGAAUCCGUCACGAUGGGUUUGAUCGUCAGAGUCGUCCUCCCCUUAAUGGCCGGGGCAAUCCGGGAACCCGGGUUCUAAUCUCGGCUCUGCUACUCGCGAGCGCUCUGUUCUCCCUCCCCUUAGAUUGUGAGCCCCGUGUGGACCAGGGAUGAUGUCCCUUUUGAUCGCACUCUGUCUAUCCAGCGCUUGGCUCAGAGUAAACACUUAAAUGCCAUCAUCAUUAGCAUUGCCGUUCUCGUUGAUAUCGUUAUUUUCUUUUCCGGUAGCCCAGAGGGAUGCUAAAUGUUAUUCUUUAGGUCCUGGGACCUAGAGCUGAGUGUUUGCCCAGGAGUUAUGACACCACGCCAGGACGGCGAGGGAUGAUUGUUUAAUCGGGUUCUGUUUGAAUUGAUUGAAAUUUCCAAGACUAGACAACGCAUUUUAAAGCAAGUCAAAGAUUACAUUAAAGAGUGCAGCCAAUGCCAGGAGAAGCUAGAUCGCUCUCGUCCAGGAAGGUAUGCGUCCGAAAUGUUGGAAGAAUUGGGCCUAGAGUUAGAGUCCGCCGAAGACAGCAACGAAACGGACGAGGAGCUGACUAACCCCGAGUCGGAACUGGGGCCGGUGUCCAGGACGGUGAAAAAGAAGCCAAUCUCCAAACAUGAACUUGUAUUUGUUGACACCAAAGGCCUUGUGAAAAGGUCUUCCCAGAAACACUGCCAGACGGUCUUAAACCAACUGAACCAGCAGAGACUUUCCAAUCAGUUCUGCGACGUUACCUUGCUAAUCGAGGGAGAGGAGUACAGAGCCCAUAAAUCUGUUCUGUCCGCAAACAGCGAGUACUUCCGGGAGCUCUUCAUUGAAAAGGGAGCGGUCUCCAGCCACGAGGCCGUGGUGGAUUUGUCAGGUUUCUGUAAGGCAAGUUUCCUUCCUCUGCUGGAGUUUUCUUAUACUUCAGUACUGAGUUUCGACUUCAGCAACAUGGCGGAGGUUGCCAUGUUGGCCCGACAUCUUUUCAUGUCAGAAGUCUUGGAGAUCUGUGAAAAUGUUCACAAGCUAAUGGAGGAUAAACAGAUCACCAUAUACAAAAAGGGAGAAGUCCACACGGUUGAAUCCACUCAGAAUUUAUCUGAACGAACCGGAAGCCCAGUGCCUUCUGGGGGCGACGGGCCCGGGGUUUUACUCAGUUUUGCCGGAAACGGUGCGGUUGGGCUGGCGGUGAACGGACAGUCGCCGGAUCCCGGACCGGGCGGUGAGAGCGCCCAGCGGACCGAGCCUCCGAUUCCUUCCGAGUCUCGGGAUUCCUCCGAGUCUCGGGUCUCUCCGGCCCCCACGGACGUCGGAAGCGACCGGUCGGAACCCGUCGCGGACCCUCCCGAGGAGGAGGCGGCCGACGACGGGAUAAAGCGAGAAAGCUCGGAGAGCAGAGAAGAGAACCCGGUUUCGGAGCCGUGCCCCGAGCCUGCGGUAGAGGAGGCCAUGGACACCGCCGCGCCCAGAAACGGCGCCGCGGACCCGGAGGAGAACGGCACGGGAAACGGAGAAACGGCCCUCGGGGGCCACGCCGAAGAACCCGAGGGCCAGCGUGGCGAGCCUCCGAGUGCCGGGGACGGCUCUCCGGAGGGCGAGGGGGCCCUCGGCCCGGAUGACACGUACAAAAGCAGGCUCCGUCAGCGCUCUGUCAGCGAAGGCGGGUACAUCCGACUGCACAAAGGCCUGGAGAAAAAGCAUCAGAAUAGGAAAGCCAAUCCUAAAUCAGCGGUACAACAGGUGGCUAUGAAGUUAGUUCAAAGGGGGAAAAAAAUGAAGCAGCCCAAAAGAGACGCUCCCGAGAAUCCGGACGAGGAAAGUUCGCACAAAUGCAGUGAAUGUGGGAUGGUUUUUCAGAGACGUUACGCACUUAUAAUGCACACCCUAAAGCAUGAAAGAACUAAAGAUUACAAAUGCCCAUUGUGUAAAAAAGAGUUUCAGUACAGCGCUUCUUUGCGAGCACACCUUAUUCGACAUACCCGAAAAACCGAGGCGCCGUCUUCCGCUGCCACGGAAGACCCGUCGGGAACGUCUGCCGAGAAGGGCAGGACCAAGCGGGAGUUCAUCUGCUCUAUCUGCGGGAGAUCGUUGCCCAAGCUCUAUUCUCUCAGAAUCCAUAUGCUCAAACACACCGGAGUCAAGCCGCAUGCAUGCCAGGUCUGUGGAAAGUCUUUCACCUACAAGCAUGGUCUCAAAUUGCACCUGGCUCUCCAUGAAGCACAGAAGCAGUUCCAGUGUGAACUGUGCGAAAAGUCUUUUGUCACAAAGCGGAGUCUGCAAGAACAUCUGAGCAUUCACACAGGAGAGUCAAAGUACCUCUGCUCGAUCUGCGGCAAGUCUUUUCAUAGAGCUUCGGGACUCAGCAAGCACCUCAAAAAACACCAACCAAAGCCGGAGGUUCGUGGUUACCAGUGCACUCAAUGCGACAAAAGUUUCUUCGAGGCUCGGGAUCUCCGGCAGCACAUGAAUAAACACCUGGGGGUGAAGCCGUUCCAGUGUGAGUUCUGUGAGAAAUGUUAUAGCUGGAAGAAAGAUUGGUAUUCCCACGUGAAGUCUCAUUCCGUCACCGAUCCUUACCGAUGUAAUGUGUGUGGCAAAGAAUUCUACGAGAAAGCCUUGUAUCGACGGCACGUGAAAAAGGCCACGCACGGGAAGAAAGGGAGAGCGAAGCAGAAUCUAGAACGGGUCUGCGAUCAGUGUGGAAGAAAAUUCACCCAACUGCGGGAGUACCGGAGGCACAUGAACAACCACGAGGGGGUCAAGCCUUUCGAAUGUCUGACGUGCGGCGUGGCCUGGGCCGACGCCCGCUCCCUCAAACGCCACGUGAGAACGCACACCGGCGAGAGGCCCUACGUCUGCCCCGUGUGCAACGAGGCGUACAUAGACGCCCGGACCUUGCGGAAACACAUGACCAAGUUCCACAGGGAUUACGUGCCUUGUAAAAUCAUGCUGGAGAAGGACACCCUCCAGUUCCACAACCAGGGGACCCAGGUGGAGCACGCCAUCAGCAUCCUGACGGCCGACGUCCAGGCCCAGGAGAGUUGCGGGCCGGAGGAAGUGGAGGCCGUGGUGGUGACGGGGGAAACCCUCGAAGCGAUCGCGGCCACGGAGGAGUGCGCCUCCGUGUCCACGCUCUCCGACCAGAGCAUCAUGCAGGUGGUGAACUACGUACUGGCCCAGCAGCAGGGGCAGAAGAUAGCGGAAGUGACGGAAGCCAUCGAGACGGUGGAGGUGGAGGUGGCGCACGUCUCCGACCCCGAGAUCGCAUGAGGAACCGUAAGGUGGUUUUCAGGAGCGCGUGGCUUUCGGUCCGAUCGGCGUCGGGGUCUGUUAAGUAAGGUUCCGCAGUGGGCUCGAUGCUUUACCCGGGAUUCUUUUAUUCUCCAAUUCCAGAGGUAAGACGGUCUCCAUUUGCCCCAGUUGUGAGAGAGGGAGAGAAAAAGAAAAAAGCCCGGGAUUUAGGAUUCUGUUUUUGACUGUAGAGGGGCCAGGGCGAGUCGGGUCCGUAAAUUUGUGGCCAUGUUUUGGCACUGUGGGAUGUUACCCCUUCUGGGCUCUGGACAUCUUCUCCCCCACUCCCCCCGCCCCACUUCCGAAAGUCGUCCGAGUCACGUAGUUGUAAUCUAGCGGAUAGUGGGACGCGCCCAAUAUCGAAGGGUUCGGAAGGGAUCGACGGAAGAUCGAUCGGCCCGCUUUCCACCCUGAAGGCGCCCGGCGUCGGAUACCGGGGACCGGCGAGGUCUCUCCAGACUGACGCGACGCGUUCCUUCCAAAGACUCAGUCGAAAGGAGGACGCGGGAUGAAACCAGGAACGUACGUUGAACCGCUUCACGGAAGACGUGCUUCGACGCCUGAGCCGCCGUCACUUGCACUAAAUUUUACGAACGUCGCCGGGUCUCGUCGGUCCGGCUCCGAGAAUUACGGCAGACCUCGGGCCCUCGCCGUAAACUCUGUUAGAGAAUCCUGGCCCCCGGGGUUAGAAGAGAAAGUCUUCGUUUUAAUGAAGCCGCCCGACGCGUGUGACGCUUAAAGAUCCCUCCUUUCGUAAAACUGCCGGCCACCGCCUCGCUUGGCCGCAAUCACCGCAGGGAAGCCACGUGAGCCGGAGUCUCCGUGAAAUAACCCAGAACGGUACCGAUUUAGCGUCCGGUUUUCGGAAGCCUGCCCGUGAAGCGUGAAUCGCCACCGGUCGAAAGCACAAGGAAGGUGUGCCGUGGUGUGCCAGCUCCUUACCGGACUCUUGAUCCCGUUUUGCCUUUCACUGGACUUUAAGAGAAAAUAAGAACUGGACCUGCGGGCGAUGUCCGACUUUACCCCUUUUUAAAACGUAGUAGCCAGGUUGCUAUUACAACUAAGCUAAGGAUGCGAAGUUUACAGGUCACCCCAACUUGGGCACAAUUUAAAAUUCCCUAAAAACAGCUCUAUCAUUGUUUCUCGAUUUGUUGGUUUUGGUUUUUUUUUUUUUUUUUAAAGAGUCGAAAAGAGUACUUUCAAACUAGUCCUUCGGUACACAGUGCAGGACCGAGCGGUCAGGGCAUUCUCGUCGUCGAAGCCUCAGAGCUUCACGACGCUGCAUCUGACAGUGUUGGAAGCUACUUGGUGACUAGACUCUUUGGCUUGGAAAAAGUUAAGAGUCCACCAUUACGGGCUCAAGAGUUUGAAAAUGCAGUAGACUCCGUAGAAGGAAGGAUCCAAUCUCCCGAUACGGUCGAUUUCCUCCCCCCCCCCCGGGGCAAACCUAAAACCGUAUCCGCACACCGGGUCUUGUUUUCUUUGAGCCGGAGAUGUGUCGCCGUCCUCCCGGGCGAAGAGGGAGCCUUGAGGUAAAACUUUGACUCGUGUGCCUUUCUAAUCAGGUGGGAACUGAGUCCAGCCUAAAAGGGAUCAAUGCUGGAGUUGUCCAGAUGAAACCCGGGUAAGCAUUUACGGCGUUGGCAGAGUUAAACUCUGAACACCCUGUGGGGCUCGCUCUUGGAUUUAAAAACAAAACUUCCUCCGAGGGGAAGUACGAUGCUCGUGCUGUAUUCCAGAAAAUGUGUAUAUUUUGCAAUUGUCGGUAAUUGUAUAAAUUAUUGUUAAUAAACAACUUUCUCCUCA